CUCAACAUGAUUGAAAUAGAUUUUCAAUAUUGGCAGGCAUUAUACAUUAUACAAGUUUGUUAUGGGUGAAUUAUGUACGCUAAUGUUCCGCUUCCUUCCACAUAAAAAUACCUGUUUUAAAUGAUCAAGUUUGUAGUUAUAAUUAACCAGCUGUGUUUGAAAAGUUAUUUGUACUUGAUGAAGUAUCCCUCAAUAUUAAAUUAAUCACAAAAAUAUGACUAUACUACAGGGAAAGCUGUGGUAUAUUCAUUUUUUUUUUUAUAAAUGUGGGCGGGCGUUUUUACCCCGAGGCCCGGGUAAAAACGCCCGCCAAACUUCAUCCCAAAAAGGGGGGAAAAUUUCCCCUUAUCAAUAUAAUGACCAUGAUUUUAUAUUUGCACCUGAUAGAGGAGACAUGUAGUGCAUAAAACCACAUGUUUAUUUCCUAGUGUCUCCAAGUAGUACUGAGAUAUUUAACAAAAACCUAAAAAUCGGGCGUUUUUACCCCAGUUUACCCUACUAUGUACAGAACUAGUGACCUUUGAUACCAUUGACAAACUUUACUGUAAGUUUUCAGGCUCUUGGUGAGGGAUUAUGCAAACCCAUGGGCUGGUGCCCUUACUACAUGUAUUGUUGAAAUCCAGGACGAAAUUAUUGUAUUUCUUCUGCAUUCCUUGGGUGUAGUGUAUUUGACGUCGGCUGCUUGUGGCAUCAUCACCAUGUCAGAUCAACUCAAAGUCAUACUGUGGUGUUGUCCACGUUCACUGUCCACAGCUUUCCUCAAGUGCAUGAGUGCUGUUCCUGAUUCACAAAUGAUUUUUGAGUUGUAUAGCACUGCAAUGCUCUUUGGUCCGGACAGACUGGCAAAAACGGACAUAGCACCACUUGAACGGAAUAUUCCAGAGAACAUUCUUGAUGAACGUCGGAAAGACCCAGGGUGUGGUUAUCCAGUUUCUAUCUGCAGCAAUGCAUGGGUAAAGCAUCAUCUCAAGACAGGAUACCCGGACAAGAAGUUUGUCUUUGCUAAGGAGAUGGUAUCAUCACUAAUGGGCAAGUUUCAGUUUCUUCCAGAGAGUGGAUACCGCCACGCUUUCCUCCUUCGUAACCCAGCUAAACUUUUUCCAUCCUGGAAGAAGCUCAUUUUUGAAAUCUUUAGGAUGAACAACAUCCCUGUUACCAUGGAGCAAUUGGAGAUUGACAAGUUAUCAGCAGAGAUCAUGCCACCAGGGAAGGCUUUCAAGGAGAUGUACGAUUUGUACUCUUACAUCAAAGAGAAAGAUCUGGAUCCAGACCCUGUCAUCAUAGAUGCUGACGACCUUCUUAGUGACCCAGCUACCAUACUAUCUGGGUUUUGUCAGAAGUUGGGCAUUCCUUACACUGACUCACUGUUAACUUGGGAUGAGGGAGUGGAUGUUCUUGAGAAGUGGGUUGUGAGUGAACCAAUCAAACACAUUAUCCUGAAUGGAGAUGGGUUUAAGAAUUUCCGUAGCAGCACAGGAUUUGCAAAGCCAAGCAGCAAGGAUCAGGCCCCUGAGUCACCUGCUAAGUCACCUGACCCAUCACCUGAUAUUCAGCGUCUGAUUGAUUUCACAAUGCCAUACUACACAAAGAUGUAUGAACAGCUGCUCGAGUAACUACAACGUACAAAUGUAGUUAUAAUAUACUUGUUUUAUAGAAAGAGAUUAGAUUUAUUCAUACUGUACCGUAAAGCUUCAUCAGUUGGAAAAUGCCUGGAAUUUUUAUCUUUACAUGUACUUUCGGUGUUAUUCAUGUUAUUCAUGACAAUGGACGUUGGUGUCAGUGACACAAGAGAGAGAGAUAGGGAAGAGUGGAGGGUGGCAACCAAGUCCCGAGAUGGCCCUCGCAUCACAUGGCAUGACAUACAUGUACAUGUACCGGUACAUGUAUGUAUACAGGUUUACGUGUCUUAUUGUACUUCAUUAUCUUAUUUGAGUGUUAGUCCUUUUUAGAGUUAAUCCUUUUUUCUGUUAAACUUUUACCACUAAUCAUUCUUAACUUUUGUAAUGUUAUUGUAUACAUUUAUUAAUGGGCUAAUCAUUCAAUUUUAAUUUGUUUCGAUCUUUUUUGAUGUCAUAGGCUUAUGCUUGUAUUAUUAUUGUAACAAUUUUGGUGUUUUUUUAAAAGGUUUUGGAAGGUUUUUAGUUAAUUCUUAUUGAUUGUUAAGCAUCUUUAGCAUCAAUUUGACGGAUUUUGCACUAUAGGCUAUAGGAUUAGUAUUUAAUACUAUCGCAAAUUAUACCAAUUAGGAUACACUUUAAAGCAUGGGAAGUUAAUACCUUUGGGGGACAUGUGGAAGUAAGGAGACAUUUCAAUGUCCCUAAUGCCUCAGCUCCUCGUCGCAAAAAGGCUAGAUCGAUUGCUCACAGUCCAAUUGGUAAAAAUACUGAAAAUUCUUGAAAUUCAGGAAAUUUGGGUUAGGGGUCACGAAAGUCGGAUUAUUAUCUAUGGGAAUGUCUCCCUAAUGGUACAGUACCGGUAUAUACCGGUAUUUCAGUUAUAUUACACAUAUAUACAUGUAAACAUGUAAUACAUGUAAUUAUUAUUAUUAUUAUUGUUACUUGUAUGAUGUGUCAUUGAAAUUGAGGUCGACUUUUGAAGUUUGAAUGCUUCCUAGAAUGGGGAUUUUACUUCAGCUUUAAGGGGGAAAAAAAUUCCCCCAAAACACAUUUAAUAACUAAAAGGGAUUAUAAUUUAAUUCAACACUGAUUGUAUGUACUCAGCAGAUCAGUGGAACAGUGGGCAAGUUUAAUUUGCAAAAUAAUGCAACUAAAAAAUGAAUGAAAUUAAUGUUAUUAUUUUGUCAGGAAGUGUAUGGUAUUAUAUUUUAUCUGAUGUUAAUUGAAUAACAGACAAUGGAAAUGUAAUAACUGAUCUCUUACAUGUACAUGUCAAUAAAAUAAUGCAUGAAAUUUAAGCUCUGCUUUUCUUUUCAAACAUAACUAAAAUUACGAUUGGACACUAAUGUAAGAGAUCUUCCAACUGAAAAGCAACAACUCAGAUUAAAGGUUUUGUCAGAAAUUGAAAAGCAUUGUAAGUAAGGGUAGAACAUAGCAGACUAAUUGCCCACAUUGCUGUGAUAACUGACCAGGGCUGAGAUUUGGGGGAUUAUUACCCAAAAAAAUGGGGAGGGGGCCGGAUGAUUUUUGUUUGAACCCAGAUUAUUCCUGUGUCCAUCUACAGUAACUUUGUGUAUUUUCGGAAAGACUCCAAACAAAUUACCCAUUGCAAUUCCUUUACUUUUAAACCAAUUACAGAAAAAAACAACCCCAUCCCAUCAAAUUCCAACACCAGGCA